AUGAAUGAUUAUAGACAACGUCUUGGUUUGAGUCGUCGCAUUGAACCAUCGACAACGUCGAUGGGCAAAUUUUUUUCCAACCGUCUUCGUGAUUCACUUAAUUUUGGUGGCACAUUGACGACACAUGAAGGAGAAAAUUUCGACGAAACAUCAGCUGAUUAUGAAGCAACACCUGAGCCACCGAUUAGUUUAUAUGAUGCUAAUCGUCCUAUCGUAACACCAUCAUCAACAUCAUCAAUGAACGAAUCAUAUUUUACUCAUACAACACCUGACAUACAUAAAUUUUCUCGUCGCGUUGAAUUGUCAUCUGGUUAUAAUAUAUUAAAAAAUCGUAAUAGUUCACGUCCAACUCGUUUACCAGCCUAUUUACAAGGACGAACACCACUUGCUCAAUUAAAUCCAUUGCCGACGUCGCUAACAACGAGUAAUUCAGAUGAUAAUCGUCAACGACGUCUAUCAUUUACUGAUCAUAAUCGUAUGCAACAUUUGGCAUAUAGUCAACAGAUUUUACAACAGUUUAAUGUUGAUGGUACUCGUAGACCAUUCUCAUCUGAUAGUCCAUUGCCGCCGCCGUUACAAUUACCGCCAUCAGCAGCGGCUACAACCUUAAAUUCUUAUUACACAUCAUCUGCUCCACCUGUACACAAUCGUACGGUCUAUGAACCAAUUGAGCCAUUGAAAUUAAUAUCGACACAAGAAGAUAAUUCAAUAGCAGCAUUGUCACGUGAAUUACGUGCUGCUGCAUAUCCUACAACAAGAAAAUCUGCAAAUCAUUCUCCAACACGUGAAACAUCACCACCGACAACACGUUAUUCAACUCGAACCAAUUCUAAACGUGUACCACCACGUUCAUUACCUAAAAUUCACGCUAAUGAGCAACAAACACCAAUAUCAAACGUUAAAAUGGCACAUUUUUAUCAUCACCAUGAACCCGAAAAAAACCUAUCGAUAACAGAAGAUCGACUACAAAGUUCAUCAACAGCAUCAUUAUUACUUGAUCAAUUUUUUAAUACUGAACAAACGCCAACAAAAGAAACGCCAACACUAGCACAUGAAAUGAUUUCCAUGAGCAAUGAAAAAUCACAUCGUGAACAUUCACAAGCAAAUCCUAUACUAAUGAGACAUUCUUCACUACCGAACGGUGCUGACGAUACGACAAUGUCAUUUGUAUCAAAGUAUGCUCGUUUAGCUCCUAUAGUAUCAUAUCAAACUCUUCCAUCAAAUAGAAAUUCAUCUACAAAUCCUAUUGAUGAACAUAGUACUAAUAUGAGUCGUUCAUUUAUGCUUGAAAUCAAUCAUCAUGAACAAAUGUUUGAUAUUCUUCAUGAUCUUUCGUCGUUUCAUAAUGAAAAUUCAAUAACUACCGAUGAUUUACUUCAAACAUCGGAAAUGAUUCAUACUGAUUGUACAAUAAAUGAAAGCGACGAAAAUUAUUCUUAUGUACCAUUAAAAGAACAAAUGAAAUCAAUGAAUGAAAUUCCCCUACUUGAAUUAGAUGAACUUGAAACCAGUAGUGAUAUAAGUGAAUCACAAUUAGUACCAAUUAUCUAUGCAAAAGAAUUAGAAAAUGAAAUUGGUCUUUUACAAAAAGCGCAUUUACUUAAACAACAACAACGAUCCAAUGCAAUGAAUAAUGAGAAUGAUAGAAUGAAUGAUAAUAGUUCUAUUCCACCACCGGCUAAUAUGGAAUUAUUGAAUUUUGAAGCACUCGAAGAAGAGUUUACUACUUCGCAUCAACCGCGACAUGACGAUAACACACCAUUACCAUCACCAAAAGUACCAUCACCAACAGUGGCAUCGGUAAUGAUGGAAGUGUCAUCAUCACCAAUACCAACAAAAUCUGAAUCUCCACCUCCAUUAUCUGAACUUGAAACACCGAUUACAAAUGUUUUACAACAGAGCAUACUUGCACACAAUCGCUUAUCACCAUGGUUUAAAUUACCAACUGAACUUUGGUUUAAAAUUUUACCUUAUCUCAAUACGAAAGAAUUAAAUAGUUUUUCUCAUGUUUGUAAACGUUUUUAUUUACUUGUACAAGACCAAGCAUGUCGACAUCAAAUAAUGUUGUAUCGCCGAAAAAGAUUAGAACAAAUUUGGUUUGAUGCUAUAGGUCAACGUAAACCUAUUGCACUUUCAUUUAUUGAAUGUCGACAAGAAAUUCUUGAAAAUGUUCAGCACAACAUAGAAAAUGAGUAA